GGCGCAGUGUGGGGGGCCGGGCGGCCGGGCGGCCCAGCAGUGCCAGGCCAGCAGCUUGAGGUGAGUGAGCUGGGCCGGGCGGCAGGCCAUGCCUGGGGGCCACGAGCAGGCGGGAGGGCCGGUCCUGCAGGCGGUGUGCCGCACCCAGCGGGGCCAGAAGACGGGCCCCAGGUCCACCCAUGCGGAGGUGAGGCGACACGAGGCUCUCUCCACCAGCCAGCGCCGUAGGAGCCGUGCCAUGUCGGCGGGCAGCUCGGGGGGCAGCUCCAUCCCCUCCACCUCCCUCCACAGCUUGCGGCGGUAGCGCCCGCUGCUAUCUGCCAGCUCCCGGCUCAUGGUUUCCAGAUCCUCCUUGGCGCUGAGGUUGCGGCCUAGCGGUUCUUCGGACGACAUCCAGAAGGGGUCAAAGGCUGGGCCCAGCAGCCGGCGCAGUCGGCCGGGCCGCAGGUGGCGAGGCUUGGGAGCGUAGCGAUAGUCCUCGGGGGACAGCGAGAGGCUGUAGGGCCGCACCGGGGCCGAGGGGCGGCCACGCAGCAGCCAGAGCACACGCUGUCCCAGGUGGUGAUAACAAAGCUGGACGUCUGGAGGUGCCCUCACUGGACAGCCCGACCUCCCUCUCCAGGGAGGGAAAUGCUGGUGAGAGGUCAGACAGAGAACAAAGCCUGCUUCAACCUCCAACCCCAGGUCCUGCUGAUGAAGGUCUGCCUCCUCCUCAUUGCUGCUGCCCAGGCUUUUCUGGAGGUCUCUUCGGAGCUAGUGGAGAAGCUACAGGCCCUUCCUCACAAAGGUUCCCACUGUUGGAUGAGGAGAGAUGCCAGGGGGCUGGAAUGCCUCCUCUGACAGCCCAGAGCUGCCAGCCGCAGGGAUCAUCGUGCCUGUCGUCUUCUCCCUCAUCUUUCUUCUGGGCACUGUUGGGAACGGACUGGUGCUGGCCGUGCUGCUGCGGAACGGCCAAGUGAAGUACAACACCACCAACCUCUUCAUCCUCAACCUGGCCGUGGCUGACCUCUGUUUCAUCAUUUGCUGUGUCCCCUUCCAAGCCACCAUUUACACCCUGGAUGGGUGGCUCUUUGGGGCCUUUGCCUGCAAAGCUGUGCAUUUCCUGAUCUACCUCACCAUGUACGCCAGCAGCUUCACCCUGGCUACAGUCUCCAUUGACAGGUACCUGGCCAUUCGCUAUCCACUGAAGUCCCGGGAUCUCCGCACUACCCAAAAUGCAGGAGUGGCCAUUGUAGUGAUUUGGUUGCUAUCACUACUCUUUGCAGGACCUUACCUCAGUUACUACCAGAUUGUCCAUUACCAUGGGGUGCCCAUCUGCGUCCCUGUCUGGGAGGACCAACGCCGGAAGAUUCUGGACAUCCUUACGUUUGUAGUUGGAUACCUCUUACCCGUGACUGUAGUGAGCCUGGCAUACGCCAGGACCAUCAAGUUCCUGUGGACCUCUGUAGACCCUAUAGAGAGGAUUUCAGAGUCCCGGAAGGCCAAGCGUAAGGUCACCAGGAUGAUUGUGGCUGUGGCCAUCCUGUUCUGCCUCUGCUGGCUUCCACACCAUCUGGUUAUCCUGUGCUUCUGGUUUGGCCACUUCCCUUUCAACCGAGCCACUUAUGCCUGCCGCCUGGCUUCCCACUGCCUUUCAUAUGCCAAUUCCUGCCUCAACCCUAUCGUCUACGCGCUCGUCUCCAAGCAUUUCCGAAAGCGUUUCAAGCAGGUCUUCACCUGCCUCAUCUUCCAGAACAAGAACAAGAAGAAGAGAAAUGGAAAUAAAGUCCAUAUGGUCACUCUGGGCAAAGGUUUCACUAACAGCACUGGAGGCUUCUUUGGAGGCAACACUGAGCUGACUCGGGUCCCAAAGGAGAACAGUAGGAAGAGGGACACUGAAGGUGCCAACCAUGCCAGAGCAUGGACUCACCAGCCACAAGAGGUUCAGAAGGAGCUGCUGGAGGAGGAAAGCUUGGUAACAACUGGCCAUCCUUUAGCCAAGACCCCUCCAAGAAGGCCCCAGGAGUGUCUGGCUGUUGAUUACAAGUGAGCAAAUGCAUCUCAGAAUGGCACAAUCCACCACAUCAAUGCAGAGCAGAGGGACGUUUUAACAUGAUGCCAUUUCUCAUGGUCCGGGGGCAGUCCAAGUCCACCUCCCUUUCUCUGGCUCCUGCACUCAGAUCAGAGACGGCCAUUGCACUUUACCAUGUUGAGUCUGUGCCAACAGCUUGGUUAUACAGCCUCUGCAGAACUCACUGGUCAUUCCUCAAUGAUACCACCAUGCCACAGCAGGUGUAGAACUGAAGGGAUUGUGUGCUGACACCUCUGUGUGCCCUCCCUGUGCACCCAUGGCUUCUCUGCAGCUCAAAGGGGAAAGGACCAUCAGUCCAGUCUCUUCCCUUGGCCCUGCCCUUCCAGGAAGUACUCAGUGGAGGAGGUUUCCUAAAGCUCUGCCCUACUUAGCCUUUGAUCUUGCAAGCAGAUACUACUGUCCACUUUCUUUUGCUGCUUGCAGUUCUGAAAUAUUUCUUUGUGGUUAUCCUCAGUUCUUCCUAAGCAACCCCUACAAAAUCUCCUCCCACCAUGCUGUUCCAUCUGAUUAAUCUCUGCUUUAUUUCUGUUUGCCUUUUGCAAAUUCCUGAAGGACCACUGCCUCCUCUUUG